CCAUCAACGACAACGAUGAGCAAAUGGGACGACCUGAAGCGCGAAGCCCGUGUCGUGGAGCGUGCGUUGGAGGAGAAGGUGAGCGCAUUCACCACGAUUACCAAGAAGAUGGAACGCAAGCGUCGCGCUCAUGACGAAGAAAACCCAGACGACAAGUCGAAGCAAGGGCUGGCGCUCGAGAUCGAGCGAUUUUUAUCAACCCUGUCAGACAUCAUUGACCGCAUGAACAGAGCCAACGACGGAUCGACGACGCACGAAGCAGUCCUUCAGCGCUACCGUGAACUCCACUUCGACUAUAACACGGACUUCAAGCGCGCUCUUAGUGCCAUGAACGAGAAGCUCGACGCGCAGAAGCUUUUCCAGCGAAAAGAAGCGAACCCGUCCGUCGACUCGGAAGCUGACGCGUUUCUCAAAGAGCGUGGAAUCCUUGACGCAUCCUCGUCCAUGGCGAACGAAACACUCAAUGUCGCGCAAGCCGUGAAGGAAGCGCUGUUGAACCAGCGCGAGUCGAUGCAUCGGACGCAAUCCAAGGGCGCGACGCUGUCGUCGUCGUUUGCCGGGAUCAAUCACUUGGUCGACCAGAUUCGGCGCAAAAAGUUGCGGCACAACACGGUCGUGGCGCUCGUGAUCGCCGCGUGCGUAUGCUUUUCGCUAUGGUGGGUCGUCUUAAGCCAACUUUAAGUUACAAAAACGUUCUUGUGA